AUGAGCAACAAGACACGCGCGAGCUCUGCCAAGGAGCGCAGCGUCUUCGUCGGAAACAUCCCGUACGAUGUGACGGAGGAUAUGCUUAAGGAAAUCUUCUCAGAGGCCGGAUCGGUCAUGAAUUUCCGUCUCGUGACGGACCGAGAGACCGGCAAGCCCAAAGGCUACGGCUUCUGUGAAUAUGCAGACGGAGCGACGGCACUGAGUGCUAUGCGCAACCUCAACGGCUACGAGAUCAACGGCCGGAACCUCCGUGUGGACUUUGCCGACGGUGGGGAUAAGUCCAACAGUGCAGAGAGGAAACGACACGACAAUGGUGGCAACACCCGUCCUGGAUCUAGCGGAGGGAAUUUUAGAAAUGGAGCCGAUGGGGGGAGGCCUACAAUGGUGACGGGUGAGAUGGCGAUCCAUUCCAUUGAGUCGGCAAUCGCUCGGAUGGGGCCAGUCAAACUCUACGAUAUGCUAGUGCAGCUGAAAGAACACGCAAGACAAAAGCCGGACGUGACGAAGAGCAUCUUGAUGGCCAAUCCAGCUCUCACUCACGCUAUCGUACAGAGUUUCAAGACACUUCAGAUCCCCAUUCCUUCUUCCUCGGAGACUCAGCCGGUGCUGCUGGCCCCCCCUUCCAUGAUGCAUCAACCGCCAAUAAUGGCUGCAAGGAUGAUGCCACCUCCUCCACGUCCACCGAUGGGUGGGCCAAUGGGUCCUGGGCCUGGCAUUCUGGGCAUGGCGCCUCCCGGUGUCCAACCCACGAUGUUGGCCCCCCAUCCUGCUCAAGCACCAACCAAGGCUGGUGGUACGCGUUGGAGUGCACGACCCGGACCUCUGGCUACCCAGGGAGCAAGUGCUGCGAUGGCUAAUCGACCUGGGGUUGCGAUCCCUUCUACGAGUCCAAUGCACGCACAACCGCAGCCAGGCUUAAUGCCUACACCUCCAGGCCCUCCUCAGUCUAAUGGCCCUCCCAGUAGCAACUUGGCCCAUGCGAAUCGUGACCCUCGACGCGCUGGAAGAGACCCGCGGUUGGCUAAGAGACCGUACCCUGGCGAGCAGCCAGGACUGAUCCCGACACCUGGAGACAGUGACCCAUCCAAGCGCAUUAAGCCCAGCGACGGUGCCCCACCUGGACAAUUCGAUGCCAUCGCCGAACUUGCGCGUGAUAUGACGCCACAGAAACUGGAUAUGCUUCCACCUAACGAGCGGCAAAUGCUGUUUGCCUUUAUGCAGCAGAACAACAUUCCUUUUUAG